AUGGAAAAACAAGAAAAACCGGAGAUUAUAUAUGAAUACAAAAAACGUAGACGAGAUUUUGGGAAACAAACCUUAUUCUCAGACCACGGACCGGAGAUGUGCGUCAGUAUACCGAACAAUCCUUCAUUUUAUAAAGAUUAUAUUCUACGAAAUCCGGUGCAUGUCGGUAUACAGAAUACUAGCACUAUGUCAGAACAUUGGGUAAAUUCAGAAAGAGCUGAAUAUACAUGUUCGGGUAUCACUCAUGUCGAAGGUGGAUGGCCAAAAGACAUAAAUAUGGCCGACCCUGAAGCUACGCAAAGAUACCGACGCAAAAUAGAAAAGGAUGAUGCGUAUAUACAUGCUGUGAUGCAUCUCGGGCAUGGCAUGGAACAUAACAUACUCCAAAAUAACGCAGUAGAUAUGUAUGAGACUUAUUACUUGGAUUUACCGUCAAUACCUCCGGUAGAACGCAGUAGUUGUCACACAGUGAACGUAUACAGAGAACCUUCAGCCAGAAGACCGGUGCGUUCUCUCUCCUGGCAGACAGAUGGAGGUGCACGUCUCGCAAGUGCUCAUGCCGAUGUAGACCUUAUGAGGAAUAAUAGAACUCCACAAUAUUCAUAUAUAUGGGAUAUCGAGAACGCUAAUGCGCCAGAGCUAACCAUAAAACCUCAUCAGCCAUUACUAGAUUUACAAUACAAUCCUCGAGACCAAAAUACUCUUGUUGGUGGGAUGAUGAAUGGCCAGGUCGGUUGGUGGGAUAUGCGUAAAGGUGGAGAGCCAGCUGGUAUUUGUCCCCCACAUAUGGCACAUCGAGAUCUUGCACGCAAUGUCCUUUUCAUCAACUCUAAAAUUGGGGCAGAAUUUUUCUCGUCUUCUCCAGAUGGUGUAGUAAAAUGGUGGGAUACACGAAAUAUGAAUGAACCAACCGACUCAAUGAUAAUUGAUCUGGUGAAAUCACCGACUGAUACGCAGAGUAUAGAGAACGCUAUCGGAAUAUCAGCACUAGAAUAUGAACCAACGAUACCAACGAGAUUUAUGGUUGGAACUGAGACAGGUCUUAUCAUUGGAGGAAAUCGAAAAGGAAAAAAUGCUGUAGAGAAACUUCCAACUAGAUAUGAAGCCCACCUUGGACCAGUAUAUGCUUUACAACGUAAUCCCACAUUCUUAAAAAACUUUUUGACUGUUGGAGAUUGGACUGCUAGAGUGUGGAGUGAGGAUUGUCGGGAAUCAUCUAUUUUGUGGACAUAUUCACAUCGUACAAAACUUACCGAUGGCGCAUGGAAUCCCAUUCGCUUUUCAUUCUACCCCGCAAUAAAUUAA